UUUAUAACUGGUUUGGAUUGCGCGCGUACACGUAGAUGUUUGACCCUUCAGUGGCGACCGGCGAGGAAGGGGAGGGGAGGGGAGCUUGAAUCCAUAUCCGUCGAGACAGAGCGAGAGAGAUCGAUCUCUUUUCUCUCUCCUCUUUUUUUUCGCCCCCAUUGGUAUUCAUAUUGGUAACUGGUAAGAGACAGAGAGAUCGAUUACCGAGUGGCCCAUUGAUUUUGUAAAGCACAAUUGGGGGUCUUUAAACCCUAAAUUAUUACUGAAGUGAGCGAGCACACAAGUUCCACCGCUGAUUUAGAGUCCCUUCCCGGCGUAGAAGCGAAACUUAUCCUGCUGUCCGGCACUGCAUGGACUGAUCCGAUUCACCCCCAGAACACAACACAACACCCCCAAGUAUCUUAAAUUCUUAAUCCACAGAAGAGUAAGUAAACAAUUAGUUGAGGAGGGCUCUCCCUCCAUUCUCCCCCCGCCCCCAAUUUCGCAUGCCUAGCAGAGCUAGUCGAGCUAUUUCGUGUUCAGAUUUUUAUAACCCUAAAACCCUGCAAGUUAAAAUCAGUUCUCUGCUUCCCACGUCCAUCCAUUCAUCCCAUGGCGGAGCACUUAGCUUCCAUCUUCGGCACCGAGAAGGACCGUGUCAACUGCCCUUUCUACUUCAAGAUCGGCGCUUGCCGCCACGGCGACCGCUGCUCCCGCCUCCAUAACCGUCCUACCAUCUCCCCCACCCUUUUGCUGUCCAACAUGUACCAGCGCCCCGACAUGAUCACCCCCGGAGUCGACCCCCAGGGCGAGCCCAUUGAUCCCCGCAAGAUUCAGGAGCAUUUCGAGGACUUCUACGAGGACAUUUUCGAGGAACUCGGCAAGUUCGGCGAGAUCGAGAGCCUCAACGUCUGCGACAACCUUGCCGACCACAUGAUCGGCAACGUCUACGUCCAGUUCAAGGAGGAGGACCACGCUGCCGCCGCCCUCCAGGCUUUGCAGGGCCGCUUCUACUCCGGCCGCCCCAUCAUUGCCGACUUCUCCCCCGUCACCGACUUCCGCGAGGCCACCUGCCGCCAGUUCGAGGAGAACAGUUGCAACCGUGGCGGAUAUUGCAAUUUUAUGCACGUCAAGAUGAUUGGGAGGGACCUCAGGAGGAAGCUCUUUGGGAGGUAUCGUAGGUACCGGAGGAGCAGGAGUCGCAGUAGAAGUGCCAGUCCCCAUCCGCACCACCAUCACCGGAGGGAAAGGGACUACGAUAGGAGCCGUGGCGGUGAAAGGGAUUUUCGUGCAAGUGGUAGGAGGAGCGGAGGAGACCGGCACGCCAGGCAUGAGAGCGACAGCAGCGGAGGAAGGAGGAGACAUCCAACGAGUCCCAGGCGGAGCAAAAGUCCUGUGAGGGAAGGGAGCGAGGAGCGAAGAGCUAGGAUUGAGCAGUGGAACCGAGAGAGGGAGGAGAAUUAGGAGGCACGCUCAUCUGAUUAUUAGGUUGUUUUUCGCUGAUUUGAUGUUCCAUCCUUCUAUCCUUCUCUGGAGCUAGCUUUGCCUGUUUCUCUUGUUGUUUUGGUAUUCAUUAUAGGCUUGGAUGCUAUCCUUCCCGGUUGAUUAAUCUACUCUGAUCUUAUUUGUCAUUUUAUUUAUUUCCUUUUCCUUCGGAAGUGAGAUGGCAAUGAGUUUAGCCGAUAUAGGGUCUGACAUGCUUUUCUGUUUUUAAACUAGUAGUUGUAGUUGAUGCCUAGUCUUUUGCUUUGCAUUUCGUUAACAUGUGGAUUCUUGUGAUAUCACGUUGCCAUGUACCCAUAUCUCUUUCCAUUGCCUUUGCUUUGAGUCCUCUCUUUAGAAACAAAGCGCACUGUUGCUGUCACAUUCCUCAUCUUGCGUGUGGCUUCAUUUCAGUUCCUGUUUGGUUUUCAAUUAGAUCAUCUUAACUUAAUAUUGUAGGAUAGGUUAGAGUAAAUUUAAAUGCUUUAACUUUUGGCACUCUUGGGAAGGGUUUGAUAUUGGAAAUUUGCAUUCUGUGAUAAGUUCGUGCUAUAUUUGCUUGACUUUUGAGAUUGAGAUGAUUGCUUUAGGUCACUAAGCUUCACAUUUGAGGGUCAUUGUAGGGGAGGAUAAUAGAUUAUGAUGUUGCAAAAUGAAUUACAGAUGAAAUAUUGGGUGGCAUAAUAUCUAAGUGUUUAGCACUAUUUCAUAGGUAAGGUGUCAGAGUUCUACCUGUUUGUUAGACAAUUGAUGUUGAAAUCUUGGUUGCUUGUUGCUAAAUAUUGGCUUCUUGUGACUCAUGAUUGGUGGAAUUGCAACCUCUCUUUUCCAGGUUUCUAUGUCAUUAGUUUUGAUAACUGGAUAAUUAAGCUUGACAGUUGACAACAAUUUGGAAGGAUAAUUGAGUGAAAAUUAGAUGCUGAAAUUUGAAUGACAUCUUGUCUAUCACCUGAACUUACAUGAAGAAUGUUGUGAAAGUAUAGAUUAGUACUGCUUUAAUGUCGUAUGGAGCCACUUAAAAUGGGUUGUUUAGUCCUUCCGUUUCACCCAUUUUAAUUUUUCUUUAUCUUGCUCUUUUGGCUUGUGGACUUUGGAUCUAUUGCUGCUUUCUGAAGGGGGGAGGGGGAGAUUUAGACCUAGUAUUACUAUGAAAAGAGAGUCAUUUUUGCUGUCCUGGUGAUGAAGGUUUGAUACUUAUUUAUUUUGUUCCAUUUGAUAGUGCUUCUAAGUCUUUGUUGCUCUCUAUUCUUUCUAGUGCAUUCCAAAUUUGUAGAUGUGAUAAUUCGGAGACACCCCUCCAAAAAUACAUUUUCCUCACUUUGCCCCUUAAUGUUGAAUUUCAUCAAUUCCCACCUUGUGGUAUUUAAUUUUUCUUUAUCAAGUACAAUCAGCAUAGCUGGCCCAAUAUCUCUCUAAAUGUUUAAUUUGAGAUGGACAAAUGCUAUUGUGAAAAGACUAAUUAUCCCCAAAAAAGUGGGAUAAGCUGCAAGAAAGAAUCCAUAUUAUGUUCUUUUUUUUUUCCAGAAAUAACAUAAGAAUAAAACCCUAGAUAUUGGGUUUGGCCUACGUAGUCCUGUUCUUUUUUGUCUUUUUAUUUUUGGUUGUACAUUCUUUAGACUCUGGGGCAUUGUUAGGAAUGGAGUUGAGUUGGCUUCUUUUGGGGGGUAAAUUAGGCUUUUCAGGGUAACAUGUGCAUCUUACACUGGCAAUUUAGUGGGAAAUUGAGCAUGUUAUGCCGAAUGUACUUGAUCAGAAAAAACUCAAUACCAUAGGGGGUGGAUUGAUCCAUUACAGCAUUCAAGGGGGAUAGUAUGGAAAAGAUAUUUCUGGAGGGGAUUAAUUUGGAACCCUUUGAUCACAUUGUUGGCUUGUAAUGGCGUCGUUUUAUGUGUUCAGCGUGAUUGCUGAGAUGACGGAUCCAAACAAUGAAAAGCAGAUAUCUGAGAAUUGGUUGCCAAUUAUGUGUGUCAAAUUCUCAAUAUAGAAGCAUGUAUCACAGAAGCUGGGUUGAAGAAACAAGCCUCACAGAGACAUAUACCAUGGGUUAGUUGUUGAAAAACAAACUUAUGUGGUUAUCUUUUGGACAUUGACGUGGAGAUUGUAUGAGCAUCAUAUCAUUCUUCACUGGGCAGUUUUGAGGCCAAGCGGACCAGCUGAUAUCAGAUAAUGGUUUCGUGUAUUGGAUAAGUAGCAAAAAAUUUAAUUUUUGAACUUGUUUUAGGAAACAGUAAGGUGAAUAUUUUCACAUUACAGCUGAAUCCCCACUGUUUGUGAACUUACGGAAUAAUGAACAGUUAGGGGGAGUAAAAUCCUGGAUGCAAAGUGCCCAUUUCGUCUUUAGUCUAUUGGAUAACAUGUCUGGUCUAUCAUAUAUUGGUGGAGAUUUUGAGUUAGGCUACGAGGUCUAUGAUGGAGUUACUUGAACAUAUAAUAAAGCCAGACAAUACAUCUGUAUGAUAUUGUUUGUCUGUUGGACAAUCAAUUCUGCAUCUGUUAUGAGCUCUUCGGCUUCAGCUGGGACGUGGAUUAGUUUAUCAUUCUCCAGUAGCAGCAACGGUGACGUUUAGAUCAUCUAGUCUAUGGAUCCUGUUUUAUUGUCUGGAGACAAUCAAUGUGUGCCUUUGAUCGUUCUUAUGAUUCAUUGAAACAAAAUUAAAAUCUUUUUUA